AUGGCUUGCUUCAAUGGAGAGAUUGGCACAAAAUUUCCGAGCGGUCGUUGGGAAGAAUUUUGCAAGGACAGGGCAGAAGUCGCGGCGAGGCAAUUCGCCAAUGAAUUCGUCCAAUUUUUAGGAGACAAUCCCGUGUACGAUGUUUCUGGGGCCUCGACUACUUUUUCUAAACGUUUCGUCGAGUAUUUCUUGCCGGCAUUCGACAGUGAAGUGCACAAGAAUGAUUUUAUGGACUUUGAUGCCCCCGAUUCACCUACGGAUGUAUUUGGUCCCGAUGACUGGGGAUCGAGCGUUCAUCUCACAGGGUCUUUCAAGCCGAUUGAAAAGAAAAAUAGUGAAUCAAGUUUCAAGUUCCUUGACAAGCUUAGGGACGUAAAAGGAUUUUUUAAGCGUAAUGUUAACGAUGAAUCCUCAGGUCCGGCAAAGCACGCGGAAACAAGAAGAGAGUGCGAAGAUAGAUCGAUCCCACAAGAAGCGAAACUGACAACUACGAUCAAACGAGAAGGAAUCAUGAAUUAUCUUAUGAACUUGGAGAGCGGGGUAAACACAGAGGACUUCUUCUGGCAGAAAUGCCGGAUCGUUUUGUUUAAAGCUCCUGGAGGAUUCAUGUUAGAGUUUUACACCCCUCCGAAGGUAAGGAGUUUUUUUUCAUAGUUUGUCGUAAAAAAAAAUCCACUUCAUCUAGCAACAUUGUUAUUUUCCUUCGAUCAUACAGCUGUUUGUCCUGUUAUCGGUUUAUUAAUUCACAAUAUAGUCGGUGUGUUUAUUUUGUCUCUAGAGGUUUUGAGGGUGAUAAUGCGCUAUUAAAACUAACAGCAAUAGUGUCAAACUGAAAGUGAAGCUGCAAAGUCAUUUUUUUGUGCUUGGUCACGAUUGUUCAUGCAGUUCCUUUUCUAAAUUGCCUCAAGUUUUAUACCUAAUUUCUGAAGCAGUUCUAGAAUGUAGCGUUCUUUUAAUCCCAUUGUGGCUCCACAGUCAGUCAACAUGCAUGAUCGAAAGUAUUAAUUAUCUCAAGAUUAAAUGUUUAGCAAAAGUGAAAUUUAUAUUUCAUAACCCCUGUUUUUUUAGCUUGAAUAUUUAAUCAUACAAGAUAUUAUAAUCAUACAUGAUAUGGUUUGUCUGAAGUUUGAGCUCGUCUAUAUCAGUCUCUCACUUAUGGACUUCCGUGUAAUAUAUUAUCGCGCAUGGGUGAGUUUUAUUAAUUUGGCAGCGUUCCCAUAUGACCUAUUAUAUAUGGCACAAUGUCAGGUUUGUAGACACUGAUAAAUAUGCACAAUAUAUGUAUUUAGGUAAUGUGAAAUUCAACUAAAUGUGUAAGAAUUACAAAAAGGAUGGGAGACUUCUUGUACUUUUGAAUUAUGUCUCUUAAAAUUUCCAAGUUCCAUAAAAAAGGUAAAACUUCUUAAUUUAAACAAAUAGAUAAAUGCAAAUAAAAUUUCUCAGGACCUUUUGACAUUUUUGUCAUGUAGGCGGUACAUGAUUUACAUUACAAAAAGUUACAUAACCUGCCCUAAAAUCCACGUACAAAUUGACCAGACUGAUCUUUAAGAAUUAAGAGAAAUUGUUCAAAGACCAAGGUAUCUUCCCUUGGCGAAUCAUGUUAUUGAUAAUUAUCAUAACCUUGUCUCUUGAUUAUGCAUUUUAUUGGUAGUAGAAAAUUGAUGUAAAGAUGAAAUGGUCAGUAUGUCAGUAGUGUGGGACAAAGAAAAAAGUCUGAGUCCCCUAUAUAUGACCUCCCAUAUACCGGGCGGGUGCUCUAUCCACUGAGCUAUGGGGAACUCAUGGAGAGGGAGGUCAUAUACUGUGUUCACAUUGGACACGCGUCCUGCAUAUUGUAGGAUCAGCAAUGUUGAGAUCAUACUGUAAGGUAAAAGGAUGAAAGAUGGCAAAUUUUAAGCUCAGUGAAUAAAUGUGAAGGCGAAAUAAUCAGCAUGUCACAGUGUUGAUCACUAUCUGACUUAAAGGUAUAAGGUUCAUCUGUAGGCUCAAUCUGGUUUACUUAAUCAAAUCCUUGGUUUUAUUUUGCUAUAUUGUUUUGUUUCUCGGCAUGUUUGCAAACUGCCAUGAAUGACCAAAUAAUUCCCCCAAGUGUCUAUUUAAUUUUAUGGGUCCAAACCAGAGCAUUUAAUACAGCUUGCAAAGAAAGUCGUGUUCGAUACCCCGAGGCUAGUGGAUUUUGCUAUCAGGCCAGUGAUUUUUGUUCUUACCAGUAACUUGCUGGAUGGGCAAGUGCUGCUUUUUGGGGAAAUUCAAAUUACAGAAGGAUUGUAAUCAGUCCUGCUAAUCAAAAAGGGUUUUGGGGCGAGUUGAAAUGACUUGUAGUCUAGUACUUGCUAGCUACAGCUUGCCCGAAUGAAGCUCAACAAAACUAAUAUGCUUUCAGCAAAAACAUUAAGAGGGUUUUAAAAUAGAGGAAUAUCCACUCCAUCAAGUCUAGGUCAUCUAGAGAUCCAUAUCACCCUUUCAAAUCCCAACGUCGAUGUCAGAAUCCUCACUCAGGGUUAUUGUGUUGCCAUUAUUAGUCUAUCCUCACUUUCAACUUGACAUUGAGCAAGAUGAAAUACGCAAAGCCUUGUUAAUCAAGCAAGAAACUGAAUGAAUCCGAAUGAUUUUGCUCCUUUUUGCUAAUCCCUAGUAUUUUGGAGUAAUUCUUGUAGGUGGCAUCUGUUAGAUGGGGUGUUUAUUAGAGUGGGGCAUCUAAUACAAUAAUUAUUAUUAUUAACAGCAUAGAGAGGGCUUUGUUAGAUAAGAGGCAUUUAUUUGGAAGUGGGAGUUUAUUACAUAGAUGAGUUACGGUUAAAACCCAUUAUCUUUUUUUCUGAUUUAUGAUUUUCUGUUAUACUGUGUGACAUAGUGACUCUUAACAAGUUAAGCCUCUCCCAUUAAAAGGCAUAAGUGCUGGUUUUGGGAAAAGAAGAGAGCUAGACUCCCUUAGCAUUUUGUUUGUUGAAAUAUUUUAACCAUUUUUUUCUUGCAAUUUUUUCUCUAGUCACCAAAAGCAAAAACAGGGAUAUUUUGCUUUCUUAUACAUGAGGCAAGGCCUGCCACAGAAUUAGAGCUUCCUGGAGGGCAAAAUGUCUUUGUCAUAAAGGUAUGAGUGUUGUGUACCAUUAAUGUCUUACUUAAAAUGAAAAACCAGCUUGAAAAAAAAAAAAAAUAAAUAAAAUGGCUAGUCCAGAAGUUCGGGCUGUGGUGACUUCAAAGGCUUGACGUGACAUGAUUUAGGCAGAACCUCCUUUUCAACCUCCUCGAUCAAGAAGAAGCAAAAGAAGGCUCUACUCACAGGGUGAUCCUUAACUUGGGGAAAGCAGCAGCUCUCACAUUGUGCUUGCAACCCGAGACUGCUUCUUCCUCUUGUUCUAUAGUUUAUGAUUUUUGUUAGAAGAUGACUUGCCUGAACCCUUGCCCAUUGGGAAAGCUAGAAAAUCUACUUGUCCCUCCGGACUACCGGAUGGGACUUAAAUUUUUUCAAGCCCUGAACACCCGUCCCCCUUGAUUAACCCAUGCCGUCCAACCACAUUGUAAGUAACUUUAAUAUAAUAAAAUUAUAUUUUUUAUUGUUCUGACGAACAAUCUGUUUUUUAUUUUGAGUUAAAUGUGCGCCACGCGCAUGCUGGUUUAUUUUAUAUUUCACACACUUUAGUUUAAACUUUAAAUGUUGCGUGUAAUUUACAGUGUAUUUAGGCGAGCCGCCUUAUUUAAAGUCGCACAAUGAACAUGUACAAAAAUCCAAUUCUACCUAGUUCGUAUUUGACGUCUUUGGUCGAUGGAACAAUGAUUAUGAUAAGUCCCCAGCGGGUAAGUUUUAGGAAAACAAUAUUGUUGCUUUAUGGAUUGUUAAACUCAGCCAUAAUUCAACUGGGGCCUGUACGCAUGUUGGAGAAGUGAAAAUUUGUUUUUGUAUGCAGAAGAUUCCUGGAUGAUCUGGAGGUACAUUGUAGAGUUGCUGCAACACAUGUUGCUGAAAUGUGUCUGGACUGACCAUCAUUGUUGUAAAAUUGUGGAAUGUUAACCUGUGACAAUAUUAAUGAUAUUUCAUUGGAUUUAUUUACAGUAAAGCUUAUCAAUAAUAAAAUGAUUAUAAAUAGGCAGUAAACAAGAGAGAGUACAUGCUAGCUGCUAAUGAUAAACAAGAAAUGGAUGAAUGGCUAGCGGAGAUCAGAAAGUGCAUGGACCAAGACCAAGGCUCAACUAACCAAAGGUAAGAUCGGAGAGUCCUCUGUUAAAAGUGUAUAUUAGUUAAAGUAUGUUGACUUAUUAAUUAAAGAGGGUUAUUGUCCACACGGUCAAAUUCCCUCAGGGGAAACUAAAACCCUUAAUAUGUGACUGCCUGGUGUUUGAAAUUUGGUGAUGAGGCAAGAUUUUACUGUAACAUUUAUACAGCUCAACCUUUAGGUGUGACCACCACUCUUAAGCAAACACCUACCAUAUGCAACCACUUAUAUCCAAAACACCAAAAAUUUUCCCAGUCAAAGCCUUUUUGUAAAUGACAGUUCUAGGAUUUUCCAUUGUUUUCAUUUUCUUCUGAGUGACCACCAUGGGACAAUAAAAUUUAUUGUCCCACGGUGGUCAUUUAAUGAUCUUUGUGUUUGUUGUAUGUACUAUGCAACUCGGAGUAUGAGAGGAAGUUUUAAAAGCAACACAAAUUUACAUCUAUUGUAGGCUAAAAACUGUUUGUAAAACACUGUCCAAAAAAAGUCCAAAAAGUAGAUACAACCAGACUUCUCCUCGUUAAAGACCUCCUGCAGUUUGACUCUCAGAAGCAACCACCUCCCAAAAGCGACCACUUACACUUCGCAUUUUGGGUGGUCACUUACAAGACAUUCAACUACACUUCACCUACACAAAUAUUAUUUUUUUUUAACUUCUUAUAGUGGAACUGGUUCAGGUGCAGAAGAGAGAGGUGCAACAGGAGGCCCUCCUCAAAGCGUCUCUGUAGAUGUUGUUGCCACGCCAAAAUUCUCAGCAGGAGGAGUGAAGCUUGGAAACAGUCAGUCGCUAAGAGUGAGACUGGACAGUUACCCAGCAGGCAAGUUGCUCUUUCUUUGUAGUGGCUGAUUAGGUUUACUCUUGCUGUUGCUAAAAAUCAAGCACUUGCAUACCAAUGCUCUUUAGUGUAUUUGGUUUAAUUGAAGAGGUGCCUGAGAAAAAGCUUCAAGUGAUAUUUGAUGAGCUGCUAGGUUCUCCUUCUAGUAAUUGUCUUUUAUAAAUGUUUGUGAACAAAAGGGAGAAUUUGGUAUAGAGGAGUAAAUUUUGACCUAGGAGGUCUUUAUGCCACCCACCCCCUUCAAUCAAAAGAUAGUUAGCAGUGAUGAUCAGACAACUAUGUUACAGUGUNAGAUAUGACCAGACGUCUCCUCAUUACAGACCUCCUGCAGCUUGACUCUCAGAAGCAACCACCUCCCAAAAGCGACCACUUACACUUCGCAUUUUGGGUGGUCACUUACGAGACAUUCAACUACACUUCACCUACACAAAUAUUAUUUUUUUUAACUUCUUAUAGUGGAACUGGUUCAGGUGCAGAAGAGAGAGGUGCAACAGGAGGCCUUCCUCAAAGCGCCUCUGUAGAUGUUGUUGCCACGCAAAAAUUCUCAGCAGGAGGAGUGAAGCUUGGAAACAGUCAGUCGCUUAGAGUGAGACUGGACAGUUACCCAGCAGGCAAGUUGCACUGCUCUCUCUUUGUAGUGGCUGAUUAGGUUUACUCUAGCUGUUGCGAAAAAUCAAGCACUUGCAUACCAAUGCUCUUUAGUGUAUUUGGUUUAAUUGAAGAGGUGCCUGAGAUAAAGCUUAGUGAUAUUUGAUGAGCUGCUAGGUUCUCCUUCCAGUAAUUGUCUUUUUUAAAUGUUUGUGAACAAAAGGGAGAAUUUGGUAUAGAGGAGUAAAUUUUGACCUAGGAGGUCUUUAUGCCACCCACCCCCUUCAAUCAAAAGAUAGUUAGCAGUGAUGAUCAGACAACUAUGUUACAGUGUACCUUAAACUGCCUCUUUCAUUAGUCUGCCUAUAAUUUUCAUGCUUCAGAAGAUUUUUGAACCCUUGCUAAUUAUAAUGAUAUUUAGGUGCACACUGUAAAUGUAACAUGUGCAUAAAUUAUGCUAACAGAAUGUCCAUACAUAAAGCACGAGGAACAGAGCCUCCAUAAUUACUAUAGAAAUGGGAAACCCUUCGAUUCAAGAAAAUUUGGUUAGGAUGUCAGCAUUCAUUCACCCACUUGCUCGUACAGACUGUAGCGGAGGGGAGAAGAUACUCAGUAAGGAAGGAAAAGGGAGUCCCAGACAUGAACCUUGCCUUCCAUUAUUUUAGGUCUUGAGUGAGUCUGACACUAGUCUGUACAUGCAUAUGUUAACUAUCAGUGAACACUGCUGACCAUUUUAACCCUUAGCAUAAUGGUUAAUCAAACAGGUUACCAGUCAUGUAAUGAAAUGAUUGAUGUGACAAAAAUGUUGUUGCAGAUAAAAAACCGUCUGAGGCAGUAUCCAAUUUAGCAAAAAGGAGGAAUGUUUACACACCCUCAUCGCUCAGAAUACAAAACCGGCCCUCAGGAUCAUUAACUUCGCAACAUGGUCCACAGACACCAACCUAUCAAGGUUUGUUAAUUAUGUGUCAUAAUUCCUUUUUGAGUGUAUAACUAGUUUUAUACUGUCAACAUGUAUCAUUUACUCUCCACAACCAUUGAGCUAGGGGCCGGUGCUGUCUUAAAGAUCAGGGAUAUUAUGAAUAAUAAUUAAUACGCUAAGACAUUGUAGGAAUUUUUAGCAGUAGUUUUUGUUAAAAAAAAGUUGUUGUGUUUCAGUUUGAGCUGUAGUUUAAACUUAAACAUACCGUUUUUUUUAAAGUUCCUCCUUGGUGAUAAUCAUUUUUUGAUUUCCACCUGUGUUGGAGUAUGGGCUUUUUUUAUAGUAACAUGAUUUCAUUGUAAUAAAUUAUUGAUUUUAUAAUAAAUCACUGUUUGUAGCUGUCCACACAAUAGGUGCAUAUUGAGUACAUACACUAUAUAUUUGCAAGGUUUAUAUUAUCAAUGAUUUCAAAUACAUUACUCUGAUUAUUAUAAUUUCCUUUUAAUACAUUGUAGAUGAUAUGACAUGGACUCGUCCUCCUCCAGAACUCCCUCCUAGAUCACCCACCAGCACUGAAGGGCCAGCCUUACCACCUAAUCAACCUGACCUUUUGCGACAGAUUUCUGCUCAAGCUGCUACACCACAGGCAAACAGUGAAGGUACCUUUCUCAGUAGUUAUGAUCAACCACUCUUGCAAAACUAAAUUUUAUAAUGAUUAAAUGUAGUAACAAUUACUUUUUUCUCAAUGGGAGUCAUCCCUAUUACAGUCUUAAUUUGGACUUGGCUAUCUGCGGUGUAAAAAGCCCAACAAAAUUUUGAAUUUGUAAUGAUGACUAUUUUUGUACAGCCUGAGCUUUAGGUGUUUGUUUGACUUGAUGGGAAAGAUGAUUUAUUGAAUUUUAUGCGAAUCCUAUGCAGAGAGCCCAGUGUGGGUUAGUGCAACAUCAAUGGAAAACCACCCUCUUGCCAAUUACCCAUGGUUCCAUGGAACUCUGCCAAGGAUAGAGGCUUCACAUCUUGUGUCACAGGGCGGCCAACAAUGGCAUGGAAUUUUCCUCAUAAGACAGAGUGAAACCAGACGAGGGGAAUAUGUUUUGACUUUUAAUUAUCAGGGAAGAGCAAAGGUUUGUCUUUUAAGUUAUUAUUAAACUUAUUAAAUAUUGGGGCCCCUUAAUAGAGUUCUAAAGUGAUGAUGUCAUAAAGAAUAAAUUUUGGAAACUAUGAGAUUUGUUGCAGUGUUUUGAAAGAACAAUAUCUGAAAGGUAUACUUGCCAAAAACUUUAGCAUAUUGUAGGGCAAAUUGUCUCAGAGAUGUAUACUAGUCCAGUUUUGCGCUGAUGACUCCAUACAGAUCCUUCUAAAUUGGGUCCGGAUAAUCUGCGAGCCAGCGAGCCAUGCGAGGCGUGCGAGCCAUGCGAGGCGUGCGAGCCAUGCGAGGCAUGCGAGCCAUCGGAAAAUAUAAAUUUUUAAUAAUAUUCUAAUUGGAAAUAGUUCGUUUUGUAAUUGGUUUUGCUGCUGGAAAUGUGCUUUCAAUCGCGAAUAUUAAACCGCGAUGGCUCACGCCGUGGCCAUGUUAUUUUGGACGCGAACAGUCUGGGUCGAGGGAGAGCGACAAAUUUUGACUUUCUCUCCCCUCUCUGAUAGUCUUUCUCUCCUGUUUCGUUCUUGCGAACCGUUCAGCGUGCUCGUGGCCGGAUCUUCAAAAAAUCUUCAAUCCUUUUGGACAAUCCAGUUCAGUCGAAUCAAUCUAGCAAUAAACUUAUACCUGCCAACUCUCACGCCUGCGGGUUGAAAACUUCGAUCUCACGCCGGCUCACGCUUGCGGGCCAAUUUCUCACGCCUGAUUGAAAAAUGUGAGUUGUUGCCGUCUUGCUUGACACAAUUUCCAAAAAUAUGUUAACUCAGACCAAUGUAAGGAACGAAAACCAUGUGUAAAAUGAAUAAAUUACAAUACCUUCCUCGCGAUCUCUGAUUUUUGAAGUGAAAAGCAAGUGAAAACUUCGCCUUCGGCAGACUUCAGACGUCUUCGGAAGACUUCGGACUUCUUCGGGAAUCUUCGGAAAUGAUCGUGUCGUCUUCAAAAAUCCCAGCACUCCCAGGAUAAAAAUCUCACGCUUAUAUCUCAGAAAAAGUUGGCAGGUAUAUAAACUGCUUCUAAAAGUGAGUAUUUACCUGAUUUACCGUUGCUUUAGUCUGUUGUCAGUUGUUUUGUGCAAUGAAUUAUUCAUCAUUGCUAAUGUUUUAUGUAUUUUAUUUAGUUCGCAGAUGGCAAAUCGACGCACGCAGUGUCUCGUUGAAGCAACGAAGCGUGGUUUCACGCUAAACAUCGAUCCAAGCGGGGAAAGAAACCGUUGCUUCUAUGUUGUCAUUGUUUCUGUACGAACAAAAAUAUAUUUAAUACUUUAAAUUCUGGUGUUAAAACCUUAACUGUCUUAAAGUUUUUUAAAAGUGGCAUACCACGUAAUCAAGAGAAAGGAUUUAGAAACGUGUUAGAAACGCUUUGCGCGUUUUGAAAACGAUGCGGUUUCAUCGUUCGUGUAGAUAGGUUUUCAGAUGGCUCGCAUGGCUCGCAUGGCUCGCUGGCUCGCACUCUAUCCAAACUCUUCUAAAUUUGACUCGGUUCCUAAUGUUAUGAACUGAGCAAAAAUUAUGGAGUCAUCAGAGCACAACUGGGCUACUAUCUCAGAGACAAUUUAAUUUUUCCUAUGAUGUGACACUUUAGGACUCUAUUGGUUCAUUUCCAUAGUCAAUUCUGGUGACAUGUUCCACUGUAACUUAGGAGCCUGCACACACUGUAGAUGACAUCCAAUGAUGGAACCAUAAUAUAUAUUUAAAUAUAUUCAUAAAGAGCAAUCAACUCUCUUAACCAAUUAUUUGUCUAGAUAUGGUGCUGCCCAGUCUAUUUUUCCAAGAUGCAGUGCUCCAAACUUAACUCUUUUCAAAGUUGCCAUAUGAUUUUACCUAGAAUGGUCACCAGACAUAAAUAGUGGUCACCAGACAAGAAAAGGACACUUUGUGCGAUGUGACAUGAGGGGUUUGAAAUAAUCAAAAUUUAUUCCACCUAACUAUCACAAACUAUUUGCAGUUGUCAUUAAAUUUUGAUGCAACAUUUUGAGGCUUAGUUCAUUGCUUAUUAUAAACAAGUGAGCCUGCUUGCGGGUUAUCAGAAUUAAAUAAAGACUCUUUUCCUUCCAAAUAUGUUCCCUCUGCUUUGUAGAAGUUUCCUCUACCUUGAGAAUUAAUUUUUCAGGUUUAAGGAAAUUUUAUUAAAGUAUCUGACUAAUAAUGUAAUACUUGUAUUUUUGCAGCAUCUCAGACUUGCACUUAAUGUUGAGGGUCAAUGUCGAGUUCAACACCUCUGGUUUCAAAGCAUCUUUGAGAUGCUUGAACAUUUUAGGGCUAAUCCAAUCCCACUUGAAAGCGGUGGACCAUCUGAUGUAAUGCUGACAAAUUUUGUUGUGUAUACUGGCAGCGGACCUCGGCAGCCAGGAGGCUCUUUGCAUCAUAAUCACUCACCUAAUAGUGGAGAAGGGCUACGGCGUUCACACAGCCUCACAGCCCAUAGAAUAACAAGACCUGCAACCAUCCAAGGUGGUUCAGUUAGAAUUACGACCAGUGCUGCUAAUAGCAAUGGGCAUUCCAGGGCAGUGGAAAACCAGUAUGCAUUUGUAUAA